GUGUAAGAUUUAUGGUCAGCAAUUUUUAUGGAUAUAAAAUUAUCGAUCGAAUAAGGGACUUCCAUAGAGAGGAGCAGAUUAAUAGAAAGUUAGCAUCCUUGCCUCAUAUUUAUGCGUAAUGUUGGUAUAUAAAUUUACCUUAACUAAUCUCAUAUAUGUUGCGUAUUCAAGAUAGGCUAGUGCUGCCCCUUCUUAUGUAGAAUAUUGUUUAGUCUAUGGUUGUAACUAGAAACAAUUUGUCAAAUGUCUUCCGUAAAAAUCUGGUAAAAAUUAAAACGCAAGUCGUGUAUCAAGAUCGAAUUUAUUCCUUUGUUUACUUUAGGCUAAAGCUAAUGUAGUAUUACAUUAACUUUGCUUUACAUUUCAAAUUGAGAUUCGCUGCAAACAUAGAAUAAAAUUCAUAGUGAUAAUUUGAGUAGUCUGAAGAACAUUUUUGAAUAUUUAAGAAGAGGUUGCUUCACAAGUUUUACUUCACCAUUGUAUCUGCUACUACAUGCAUGUGUGGUCAGUACUCAGUACACUAAAAAUUCAAAUAAAUCAUGACCAUAUCAACAAGAACUCUCGUACAAAUUGCUGGAUGGGGAGGUGUUGUAGUUGGUACCACCGGAAUAUACUUACAAUACCGUUUAAUUGAUAACGUGCGAAGCUACGAUUACUAUAAGAAUGCAUUGAAAAAGUUACGGGCUCAUGCAGGCGCUGUUCAUUACUUAGGAGAACCCAUUAAAGAUAAAAGGUUCAAAUUAACUGACAAGGAAAAUAAUUUUUCAGAUGGCAAAGAUGCUAGAUUCCGUAUACCAGUAACUGGCCCUAAGGAUAAAGGUGUUUAUUAUUUUUGGGCAGUGAGAGAAAAUAACGAGUGGACAAUCACUAGAGCUGAGUUAGAAUUAAAGUCAAAACCAGAAGCUAGACUCAUUAUUGUAAUGUAAGACGGCAAAUAAUUGAAUAAUAUACAAGUAGCAAUCAAUAUUAGAAAUAUUAUGGAAAAUAAUAUUGUAUUAAGUUUGUAAUAUAUUUAUGUGUUGGACUAAUAUAUUUUAUUUAUGAUCCUAAGUCUUUAUACAAAAGGAAUAUAAAAUUAAACUUAAUAAUUAAUUACUUUAUGAAAUCUUAAAACCUUUAUGCAGAGCUGGAUUAUCUCUUAGGCAGAUUUGAUAAAUGUCAAAGGUCUCAAGAUCAGCUAGCGGUGCUGCACAUAAAAAAAAAUGUUUCCUAUAGUGAAAAUUCUAUUUUAAGUUAUGUGUUAACAAAUCCUUAAUGACUACUAUUAUUUUGAUUUGUUUUAUAUUUCAUGGUUUUGUUUCAAUCUUAAAUUAUGGAUGACAUUCAUAGGUGUAUACAUCAAUAGCAUUUAUUAUAAAAAAAAAAUGUGCUGUAGAUUUUUUAUUAUACUGAUGCUUGAACGGCAAUCAUAUCUAAGUGACAAUCAAUAAACUUUUAAGUAAAGCAAUUUAAAGUUUUCAUUUUAGUAAGAAAUUUCAUAACAAUUCAAUUAUUUACUUUCUUCUUAAAUAAAAGUCUACUAAGCAAAAAAAAAUCAUUGCUUUUUUUAACACAGGCCCAUCUCUAAAAUGAUUAGUUAUGCUCAUUAUGAGGUUCUAAACUGUGUUUAUUUUUAUGCAGCAACUUUAAUGUCAACUUAACAGAAUUAAUAAAUUACUGAAGAAUUAACUUAAUAGAAUGUGAAAUAAACACUUUACAACUUGAUGUAUGUUUUUCUAUGUUUGUUGGUUCUGUUAAGUAAUAAGCUGAGAAGUUGAUAUCAAAAAUGUUCAUUGGAAAUGCUAAAGAAAAGUUUAAUUUUCAUAACACCCUACUGUGUAUAGUUAAAGGUUUACAAAACAAAAAUAUCACAUUAGAUCUGCGAAACGAUGCCUACGUAUGUGGCACAAUUGAAACUGUUGAUGGCUUCAUGAACAUUUCAUUUUCAAAUGCUGUAUAUUGUGAUACUCAUGGUAAUGAGUUUUCAUUCGAGAACCUGUAUGUUCAAGCCAGAAAUAUAAGAUAUGUCCACAUUCCUGAAACUAUGCCAAUAAUUUCGACGAUAAAGAAUGAAGUGUGCAGACAAAGAGCACCAAGGCCAGCCAUUAAGGAAUUAGCUGCCAAUUCCAGGAAAAUGAAGAAAGCACUCAAACAACACAUGGAAAUUGUUGCAUCAUUGGAUACUGAAUAGUACUGCAAGUUUAACCUAUGUUUAUAA